UGUGCAUAACUCUAGACGUGACCCUAGUCCACUUUUCCAUUGCACAAGGUGUGACCGGAAGUCCGAUUACUUGAUCAGGCCUGGGUACUAAAGUUGUAAGCUGAAGCAUGAAGCGAAAGACAUGUCCAUAUUUGCCGAUAAUAUAUGUUAGAUUAGUGUUCUUUCGAAUUCUAGAGCUCACAUCACAUCCAUCCCCUCACGUGUUGUUAACAUUCGGUAAAUACUCCGUCAAACGUGUUUGAAACCUUGCCGCAGUUGAAAUAGUAGACGAGCCGAGCUGAACGUGGAACAAAAUGGCGUCCAAUUCUAAAUCCUCUCGUGAUCUCUUGAUUUCUGGCGUUCGUCGAAGAAUGUAAACAUUUAUUGUUUCAAGGUGCAAUGCCGUGAAAGAGGGAGGCGUUCACAAUGAGAACCGUCAAAUGUGUGCUGGUGGGAGACGAAAACGUCGACAAACGGGAAUUAUUCAUCAAAUACAUGAGCUUGUUGAAUUCUGAGGUGGAAACAGCGACGGAAACAGAGGAACAGGAAAAUCCCAACACGGCGAACCAGCUGCAUUGCAACGAAUCAACCGAUGUUUUUGAAAACGGAGAUGUCGCUCAUGUUAAUAACAGAGAAGGAUUAGACGGUGAAGGAAUUCACAACAAUCAUCCAAAUUUCAGAGUAAUCCACCAUCGCGAUUCGGAGAACGCCAGUGUGUCGAGCGUAGACCAGGACUCUAUCGACCAGUGGUCUGGCGCGGUUACCGUAGCCGGCAAACAUUACUUUUUGGACCUCCGUGAUGCUCACUGCCAGGAGGCGUUUGACAGCAUCCGCCCAGAGGCCUACAAUGACACGGACGUUUUUCUUGUGUGUUUUUCUGUUGUAAGGUCAAGCUCUUGGGAGAACGCAUUGAACAAGUGGAUACCUGAAAUUCAGCAUUACCGUCCUGUUACCCCGUUCAUACUGGUAGGCACCCAGACUGAAUGGCGCGACCUGUGGGAUGAGAAAGACACGUCGAAAAAACCGGUUUUCUCGGUUACAGGAACCGGUUAUGCGCAGCAGGUGGGCGCUGUUAAGUAUCUAGAAUUCGCCACCGGCGACAAUGACGUCAGAGAGAUUCUCAAUGCGGCUGUGUUGGUCAGCAUCAUGGACAGAAUGGCACUGUCUACAUUUCAUCCCGACUUUGACAAAGAUGGCUUUACUUUGCUUCACCGAGCCGCAAAACUCAAUCAUAUUCCUUCUCUGGAAGCUCUCGUGGACUCCAUUGAUGUGAACGCCAAGGACAAAGAUUUACAAACUGCAUUAGAUAUAGCGGUGAAGGAAAACAAUUUAAAUGCAAUACGAUUUCUUCUCGAAAGCGGCUGCGAAUUUCCCAACCCACCCGACUCUUGGAAGAAAUGCUGCGAGUUCUGGGUCAGUGACGAAGGUGAAGACUCGGAGCGCGUCGUGAAUAGCGACAUUGCCGAAUUCACCCGACAACUGACAUUUUUUUACACGACCGCGUCGCCCCGCCCACUCGCAAGAAUUCUUCUGAUUGGUCAAAACGGAACGGAUGUGGCGAAGUUUGUGAACGAGACUGUGCCGAUCUUACCCGUUCGGUCGCUGACCAUUGUGAAUUCAGAGGGACCAGCUCUGUUUGACUUUUCGCGUGUCCAGUCUUCUUUAGAAUCUCUAACGAUGACAAACUGCGAUCUCGGUUCUGCGGAGUUGCCAGGCACCUUGUACACAGUGGCGAGUCUCAAGAGUUUGAGUGUGAUUAAAUCGGGAGUAUCACGGCUUUCUGAACAGCUUGGCGAGCUGAAAAGUAUGCAGCGCCUGCGUUUGAGCGGGAACAAGAUUCGGAAACUACCCGACACGAUUUCCCGGCUACAGAAGUUGAAAUUUGUUCACUGUGAUCACAAUGCGCUGGAUAAUCUUCCCGAUACCCUUGGUUGUUUGGGGUCGCUAGAGGGCCUGGACUUCACUCAUAACAAAUUGGAGAAACUGUCGGCAUCGCUGGGCCUGCUGACCAAUUUGCGAAAUCUUUGGUUCGAGAGAAAUCGCCUGAAAUUUCCGCCCGCUCACAUCCUCAACAAAGGAACUGAGAGCAUUUUGGAGUUUCUUAGUGAUUUCUUAGACGAUCCAGUGGCCAACAAUCAGAUCAAAAUGGUUCUCGUGGGAGGAAGCAAGGUGGGCAAGAGUACACUAGUGAAGGCUCUAAGUCACUCCAAAGACUGGCGAAUUAGCGGAGUCGGUCCAAUUUCCAAGACAGAUGGGGUCCAGAUAUCCUCUAUGAAUCUAAUGCGUUCUAAAUUGAAAGUAUUUGACUUGGCAGGGGACGAAGCCUUAUUCAGCUCGCAUCACUUCUUCCUGUCAGAGAACACUCUUUACCAAGUCGUUUUUGAUAUGAGCGCGUACACGGUCAGCAAGACUUCGUUGCAAAUUAACCAGCUUGGCAGGUUAGAACUUUGGCUUCAAGUUAUCUUCUCUAGAGCUCCGAACUCUCACGUGCUUCUCGUCGGUACUCACGCCGACGACCCGAAAAUCACCGACGACAUACGAACGCGCAUUCGUCGAGACAUCGAGGCGCUCUUGAGCAAGUAUCGUCGUGAGCAUAGACGGCAGUUUGAAGGAGAAGCUGUACCUCAAUGUGGCCUUUGCGAAGGGACCCUCAUCAGCGAGGGCUCAGCUACUGGCUCGUUGUUUUAUGUUCAGGAUCAAGGACCUCCUCAUGCUCCUGGUCUCGCGCCUGAACCCUGCAUUCCUCACGUAGUAGGCUACUAUGAAGUCAGCUGUCAGGGCCAGUUUCCCAAAAACUUCCUCAGUUCUAAGAAUCGGAGCGUGCAGAAGUUUAAAGUGGGAGUGGGCUCCAGCGCCCACAUUCUUCUCAGCACGAAAGUCAGUUCCCGUAUCCCGCAGAAAUGCUUGUACGUGCGGGACAGAAUACACGAAAUGUGCAACGCAGAGAAUGAAUUGAAGAACUGGCCGCUUCUUACUUACGACCGCCUGCGCGAGAUUGCGCACGGAUGCGGAGUAAAGCAAGACUUCAAACUCAAGGCUCUCAUGACGUAUUUUCACUCGCAGGGAGAAAUCCUCUGGUACGAAGAUAUGCCAGGCGUUGGUGAUGUGAUCUUUAUUGAUCCUUCCUGGUUGUCGAAACAGAUGUGUCUUCUCGUCGGCUCGCCUUCUGGCGCCAGCUCGGGACUUGACGGAAUAUUGCGGAUUGACAACCUGGCCAAGACUUGGCCUGACGUUCCCGAAGGACAGCGGUUUUCCAUGCUGACUUUGUUCAGAGAUCUCGGAUUGUGUUUCCCUCUUUCCGAGACAGAAGAUGUUGUUCCAUUCCAACUUCCCAUCGGCCGACCUGACGAGGACACAUGGCCAGGGCAGCCUUCGGAAGAUCAGCGGCAGAUCAGCUGUGAGUUUCAUUUCAGUUUUCUUCCUCCAACUUUCUUUAGUGACCUCACAGUUGCCAUUAACAGGCGGGAGCUGCCGAAUAGCUUCGACGUCGAACCAACAUUCUACCGCUUCCACAUGGUCUUUGCGACAACGUCCAUCGCCAGAAUGGGUUGUUCGCUCCAUUGUAAUGAAAUCUCGGCUCAUCCUUUGGCAGAGAACCUGAACGUGCACUGUGUUAGCAUCGAAGGUGUCCCGUGCGAGAACAAGUUGAAGGUGAUCAUACGAGGAAAGUUCCCUUGCUGUAUUCUUCCUGAUGUGAGAGCUGCCAUCAAGACUGUUGUGGACACGCGCUAUCCUGGAAUACGCUACAUCAGACGGAUUGUAUGUUCCGCUUGUGAACUCGCGGCGUUCAAGAAUCCCGCGCUUCUGACAGAACUCGUUAGCGACGGCAGUAACUGUUGUUCGUGGGGGCACAUUCUAGGAACCGAAGCGGAAAUCGUGGCUGGUGAUCUACCUGUAGACCCUGUUCCGUCUGAGUUACCAGUGAAAGGCGCUAUCAGGUCGGGGGUGUUUUUUGGCGAGGCUGGUCAAAUCCUAGAUGACUGCUACUGCCCCAGGCUUCCUGCGGUCUUCCCGAUCGGUUUUCACAGCGCGCCGUUCAAAAAGCGCCUUCGUGUCAACUCACCAAUUAAAGAUGGCUACUCAGUACAUUUCUUGUGCGAAUGUCCCGGAUAUUGGCAUUUAACUGAGGGUCCAGGCUUCCGCAUACCAAACAUCCGAGCAUUCCUGGAGGUCUUCGGGGCGCGUGUAUGCAAGCUCUUGAAACUCGCUUUCAUGUUGCGAGAGGAUGACACUGAGGACGGGUCCAGUGAGUCACGUGUUCCGGUGAAGAUCGUCUUGGGUGACGCAAAGUUUCGUGACAUCCUCAUCACAGACAUCCAAGAUUUGCUAGAACACUACUUCGUGGAAUUUCCUGAACUGAAGAAUAGCUACAUGGGUUUCAUGCAAGAGGAUUUAGACUUCAUGCAGAGCUACCAAGGAGUCAGCCGUGGUAAGACCUGCAAACUGCUGGAGAUCUCACCGGACUGGUGGAGACUGGGUCCGCUUGUCUGCACUUACAACAACCGGACCAAUGAACAUCUCUGGCUCUGUGAGAAGCAUGCGCUGUUUGAAGUGAUACCAAGGGUGGAUGUCAAGGAUGUUAAAGUUAUACGCCUCUUGGGGGCUGGCGGGUUCGGUUCCGUCUUCGAAGCUAUGCACAACAAUUGCAAAGUAGCCCUGAAGAAAUUUCACACCAACACUCGCAAUAAGAAAGCUGCGAUGCAGAGCUUUGAGGCCGAGAUGCAUCACGAAGUCUUGUCUCUCAAGCAUCCUCACAUCGUCCGUGUUUUGGCAGCGAACACCGCAAAAACCUUGGAAGACCAGCCUUGUAUCAUCAUGGAGUUUGUAAGCACCAGAAACCUUCAGCAUGUUCUUGACGACGCCGACGAAAAGAUCGAUUUUAAACGACGCGUUCGGUUUGCAUAUGAGGUGGCUCUGGCGCUGGAAUAUGUGCAUAGCAAUAACAUCGCACAUCUCGACUUGAAACCUGCCAACGUUCUGAUUGCGCAGGAUGAUAGCUGCAAACUCGCCGACUUCGGGUGUUGUCAGAUCAUCCAGGAACGACCCAACACCCCCUCCAGAUCGUACCUCACCGGAACUUUUGCCUACCGGGCACCGGAGCUUCUUAAAGGAGAAAGCCCAACUUUCAAGGCUGAUGUUUUUUCGCUCGGGAUCUGCUUGUGGCAAUUCUGGACGCGAGAAAUUCCGUACAAGUUGCAAAAUCACCAGAUUGUGAUCUUUCAAGUUGUAGCCUGCAAUUUGCGUCCGCCGAUCCCCAAGGGGAAUGACGUCGACAACCGGUACAGGGAACUGAUAACGUCAUCGUGGUCCGUUCAGCACAACGGCGGAUCCAGGAUUUCUCAAGGGGGGGGAAGGGGUGACUGGUACGUUGGGNCGCAGAAAUGCUUGUACGUGCGGGACAGAAUACACGAAAUGUGCAACGCAGAGAAUGAAUUGAAGAACUGGCCGCUUCUUACUUACGACCGCCUGCGCGAGAUUGCGCACGGAUGCGGAGUAAAGCAAGACUUCAAACUCAAGGCUCUCAUGACGUAUUUUCACUCGCAGGGAGAAAUCCUCUGGUACGAAGAUAUGCCAGGCGUUGGUGAUGUGAUCUUUAUUGAUCCUUCCUGGUUGUCGAAACAGAUGUGUCUUCUCGUCGGCUCGCCUUCUGGCGCCAGCUCGGGACUUGACGGAAUAUUGCGGAUUGACAACCUGGCCAAGACUUGGCCUGACGUUCCCGAAGGACAGCGGUUUUCCAUGCUGACUUUGUUCAGAGAUCUCGGAUUGUGUUUCCCUCUUUCCGAGACAGAAGAUGUUGUUCCAUUCCAACUUCCCAUCGGCCGACCUGACGAGGACACAUGGCCAGGGCAGCCUUCGGAAGAUCAGCGGCAGAUCAGCUGUGAGUUUCAUUUCAGUUUUCUUCCUCCAACUUUCUUUAGUGACCUCACAGUUGCCAUUAACAGGCGGGAGCUGCCGAAUAGCUUCGACGUCGAACCAACAUUCUACCGCUUCCACAUGGUCUUUGCGACAACGUCCAUCGCCAGAAUGGGUUGUUCGCUCCAUUGUAAUGAAAUCUCGGCUCAUCCUUUGGCAGAGAACCUGAACGUGCACUGUGUUAGCAUCGAAGGUGUCCCGUGCGAGAACAAGUUGAAGGUGAUCAUACGAGGAAAGUUCCCUUGCUGUAUUCUUCCUGAUGUGAGAGCUGCCAUCAAGACUGUUGUGGACACGCGCUAUCCUGGAAUACGCUACAUCAGACGGAUUGUAUGUUCCGCUUGUGAACUCGCGGCGUUCAAGAAUCCCGCGCUUCUGACAGAACUCGUUAGCGACGGCAGUAACUGUUGUUCGUGGGGGCACAUUCUAGGAACCGAAGCGGAAAUCGUGGCUGGUGAUCUACCUGUAGACCCUGUUCCGUCUGAGUUACCAGUGAAAGGCGCUAUCAGGUCGGGGGUGUUUUUUGGCGAGGCUGGUCAAAUCCUAGAUGACUGCUACUGCCCCAGGCUUCCUGCGGUCUUCCCGAUCGGUUUUCACAGCGCGCCGUUCAAAAAGCGCCUUCGUGUCAACUCACCAAUUAAAGAUGGCUACUCAGUACAUUUCUUGUGCGAAUGUCCCGGAUAUUGGCAUUUAACUGAGGGUCCAGGCUUCCGCAUACCAAACAUCCGAGCAUUCCUGGAGGUCUUCGGGGCGCGUGUAUGCAAGCUCUUGAAACUCGCUUUCAUGUUGCGAGAGGAUGACACUGAGGACGGGUCCAGUGAGUCACGUGUUCCGGUGAAGAUCGUCUUGGGUGACGCAAAGUUUCGUGACAUCCUCAUCACAGACAUCCAAGAUUUGCUAGAACACUACUUCGUGGAAUUUCCUGAACUGAAGAAUAGCUACAUGGGUUUCAUGCAAGAGGAUUUAGACUUCAUGCAGAGCUACCAAGGAGUCAGCCGUGGUAAGACCUGCAAACUGCUGGAGAUCUCACCGGACUGGUGGAGACUGGGUCCGCUUGUCUGCACUUACAACAACCGGACCAAUGAACAUCUCUGGCUCUGUGAGAAGCAUGCGCUGUAAGACGAGUUGCGUGGACACUUGAAAGGAACAAGUCACGCUACCACACCUUUUAUCGGGCCGCGACUCUGUUUAAAUUAAUCUUAAAUUUGAACGCCAUGAAUAGCUUAAAUAGUCUAUAUGUGGCCGUUGUUUUUUAUCUACUUCAAGGAAUAUAGAUAUUCGUAGAUGUAACAACUAAUGCCAAAGUUUCCAACACGAGGUUCUAAACGGUGACUCUAUUUAACAGAGUAGUAAACUUUAUAAAGUCACCUGAAAAAGGGACGAUUCUUCCCCGUUACCAUAGUCUUUUUUGAUAACGCUUUUCAGUUUUUUGUAAAUACAAACGUCAACCAGGUCUCCUAGGAACCUCAAAGGAAACUUAAAAUUCAAUAAACACACUAUUAGCACUAUUAGCACUAUUAGCACUGUAGUCACACUAUUAGCACGAGCAAUUAGCUUUUUCUUUUAUUACUCUCGCUGCAUUAUUAAGAGGAUAUUCACGAGUUACCUUCCGCCCUGUGUCAAAGUGAGUCUUCGUGCAAGACUAUUCAUAUCAAACUGUGUUUCAUCUGUGUUCAUUUUACAUGAGGACUCGUUUUGAAACAGAGGCAAAAGGCUCUCAUAGUCGCGGAAAUAAGAGCGACCCGCUUAAAUAUCGCGGACGCAGACAUUCCGAAAAGGUGCAUCCCGCUCCGCUCCCUCCGAUAUUGAAUUAUUAUUCCAUCAUUGAAUUAUUAUUAUUAUUAUUAUACCAAGAAUGUUGUCCAGAUGAAAUGAAGCUGUAUCGUCAACGGUGACGAUAGAGGGUAUAUUUUUCAAAAAUUGAAUUUGCAAAUCGAGUGAGAAUUUUGAGCUCAUUUUUACGGGUUGAAUUUGUAAUAUAUUGUUUUUGCAAAUAUGUUAGUUUUUUAACAAAAUGUAUUCUUGUAAAGACUUUUGUUUAAUACUGAAUAUUCAGAAAUUUCUAGUCAUUGUGGAAUUGUGGGUCAGACAAUAGCUUGCAACAAUUGAUUGCGAUUUUUUGAA